AUGACCCUCGUAUCAGAUAUUAAACUGAUAAGAACAGAUACUACACUUGAUCUUAGCCAAAAGGCCGAGAAAGGUAUGCUUCUCACACCGAACUCGGGAGUUCAUUUUCCAGGCCAUCAUUCCAAUUCAAUUUUUUCCCGAUUCUUGACCUCAUAG